UAUCUAUGCACUCUAUUGCUAUCGUCUGGAUAAAGAUAGGCCUCUCUUGCCUGGAGGCACAAGUCAAGAUCGUUUUCAUGUGAUUCUAAAUGCACUCUUAAUGGUCCGCAGACUAUUAAUACCGUUUGCCAAGUUUAUAGACAUAUUCGUCCAAGGAGACUGCGAAUUUGAAUUCGGGGUUCACAGCUGUGGUUUUGGUAAGUGGAAAGGAUGGCAGUGUUGCGUUUGCUGCGAGAAAGGGCCAAUGGGCCAUUUGGGCUCCAGCGUUGCUUAUUCAGCAGCGACCCGCCGGCUGAUGCGGCGCCUCACGUGCUGACGGGCCGCGUCGGCUCGGUGACGACCAUAGCGCUGAACCGCACCGCAUCGCGCAACAGCAUCUCGGCCGAGACGGCGCUCCAGCUGACGGCUGCGCUGCGCCGGUUUGAGGCCGACACCACCUCGCCAGUGGCCGUGCUGCACGGCCGCGGCGGCAACUUCUGCUCGGGCUGCGACCUGGCCGAGCUGGCCGCCGGUGAGGAGCCGCCGCCGGGACCCGCCGGCCAGCCGUGCGCCAAGCCGGUGGUGGCCGCCGUGGACGGGUUCGCAGUGGGCGGCGGCCUGGAGUUGGCGCUCUGGUGCGACUUGCGUGUCGUGGAGGAGACGGCGGUGCUGGGUGCGUACGGUCGCCGGUUCGGCGUGCCGCUGCUCGACGGCGGCGCCGACCGCCUGCCACUGAUGGUCGGCCUCUCGCGCGCGCUGGACAUGAUCCUGACUGGACGCGCCGUGUCCGGCCAGGAGGCUUUCGAGUGGGGGCUGGCAAACCGGCUUGUGGCCUGUGGCACCGCGCUUGCCCAGGCAGUUAACCUGGCAUCCUCGAUCGCCAAGUUCCCGGCCGAGUGCGUGGCGGCCGACCGGCGCGCCGCCUACCGGGCGGCGUUCGAGGCCGCCUCGCCGCAGGAGGCGCUGCGAGAGGCGCGUGCCGCCGGCCGGGGGCCGCUCGAGCGGGAGGGCCGCCACGGGGCGCGCCGCUUCCUCGCCGGUGUCGGCCGCCAUGGCAAGUUUAACAUCCACCCCGAGAAACAGGAGGAGUGGAACAGGCGGUGACGGCGCCGCGCCGCUCCGCUGUGCUGGUGACUGGGAGGGUGGGAACUGGGAGCAGACUGACACUGUGAAACGGAAC